UUUUCCUUUUAAAUUAAACCCGUGGAAGGUUACCCCAAUAGGAUCUUCAGUCUCUUUAAUCCACAGCUGAACCAAAAAAAUGGUGGGUUUUUUGGGAAUGACAGCCCGACCUCGCACUGCUCCGACUUCACUUGCCUCCGUUACCCGCUCCACCCGCCAAAUUUCGUGCGUUAAAAAUACUUCAAUUUCUUUUUCAAGAAACGGGUUCUCUCGGUUUCACCAUUUCCUCACAGCUUCUCUUCAUUCAACUUCCACUAGCCCUGCAACUUCCAAGGCUGCAUUACAAAUUUUGCCAGAGCAACCUGAAAUUGUAUUUGUAGGGACAGGAACUAGUGAAGGAAUCCCCCGUGUUAGCUGCCUCACUAAUCCUACAAAGACCUGUCCAGUUUGCGCACAAGCUGCAGAACCUGGUAACAAAAAUAGGAGGCUUAACACGAGCCUACUUAUUCGUUAUCCCAGGCCCUCUGGAAAAUGUAACAUUCUUAUAGAUGCUGGCAAGUUCUUCUACCAUAGCGCCCUAAGAUGGUUUCCUACUUUUGGGGUAAGAACAAUUGAUGCAGUUAUUAUUACUCAUUCUCAUGCUGAUGCAAUUGGAGGUCUGGAUGAUCUUCGUGAUUGGACAAACAAUGUCCAGCCAUCUAUUCCCAUUUAUGUUGCAAUGCGUGACUUUGAGGUGAUGAAGAAAACUCAUUAUUAUUUAGUUGAUACCAGUGUUAUCGUUCCUGGUGCCGCUGUCUCAGAAUUGCAAUUUAACAUUAUCCACGAGGAACCUUUCAUUGUACAUGACCUUAAGUUUACACCUCUACCUGUCUGGCAUGGAAAGAAUUACCGUUCUCUGGGUUUUCGUUUUGGCAAUAUUUGUUAUAUCAGUGAUGUCAGUGAAAUCCCUGAAGAAACUUACCCACUUCUGGAGGACUGUGAACUCCUUAUCCUGGACGCCCUUAGGCCCGAUCGAUCUUCUUCGACACAUUUUGGACUUCCAAGGGCACUGGAUGAAGUUAGGAAAAUUCAACCCAGAAGAACGCUUUUCACUGGUAUGAUGCAUCUAAUGGAUCACGAGAAAGUGAAUGAAGAUCUCAGAAAAUUGAGGGAGACUGAAGGCCUUGAUAUACAACUCAGUUAUGACGGGCUUCGGGUGCCAGUAAACCUAUAAAAUUUUGAUUAUGGUUGGAGCUAGGAGAUGAGGAAAAUGUCAACUUUCAAGGCUGUAAGAUACUUGAGAAAUUGUAAAGAACAAAAUUUUGAUUCUGGUGAGUGGCUCAGAUUCCUAAAGGCGUGUUUUUGAUGGACCAAAUAAAAUUUUGACUAUGGUACUUAACAAUCUUGCUUCAAAA